UUAAAUAGGAGAAAGGUGGUGAAGGGGUUUUUCUGAGAGAGCUUCGAGGUUGGUUCGCUGGUGCAGUUCCAACUCCAAGUCCACGCUGCAUUUUUUUCUCUUCUCGUCUUUUCUUAUACGCAAUAUAUAAAUUCAAUUCCAGACACCGUCUUAUUAUUAGUUCAAUUCAAAAUCCUUCAUUCCGCUUCAAACAAACAAUGGCUUCUUUCAAUCUCUCUUAUUCUUCCUCACCAGCUCUCUCAUGUCCCCGGGCAAGCAAACACUUCAAAUUGCUCAAUGAUGUGCCUUUUGUCCGAAUGAGUUCUAAAUUUCCCUCAAGCGAUAAUGCUGUUAGUAGAAUUAAAGCUACGUUGAUCUCUGGAGGAGGAGACCUACUUUCCUAUCCAAAGAGCAAUGACAUUGCGAUAGGCAAAAAUCUGGUUGGAGAUGAAUCUGUUCGAAUUGGUGUACAAUAUAAUGGAACACCAGCUGUAGACACGGGGAUAACAAGCAAUGUUUUCUCUGUUGAUGGUGAUGAAUUCGAUCUAGACAGCCCAACAGCAGGUUUUGCUUCCAUCCCUGAGGCCAUUGAAGACAUUCGCCAGGGAAAGAUGGUAGUGGUCGUGGACGACGAAGAUCGAGAAAAUGAAGGAGACUUGAUAAUGGCAGCACAGUUGGCAACACCCGAGGCAAUGGCCUUUAUUGUAAAGCAUGGAACUGGCAUAGUUUGUGUAAGCAUGAAGGAGGAAGAUUUGGAUAGAUUGGAACUUCCUUUGAUGGUAAACAGUAAGGAUAACGAUGAGAAGCUUCGUACGGCAUUCACUGUGACAGUGGAUGCCAAACAUGGUACCACCACCGGUGUGUCUGCUCAAGAUAGGGCAACAACAGUCUUAGCCCUUGCAUCCAGAGAUUCUACCCCAGGUGAUUUCAACCGCCCAGGCCAUAUUUUCCCACUAAAAUACAGGGAAGGUGGUGUCUUGAAGAGAGCUGGACAUACAGAAGCUUCAGUUGAUCUUACUGUACUUGCUGGCAUGGAUCCAGUGGCAGUUCUGUGUGAGAUUGUAGAUGACGAUGGGUCCAUGGCUAGACUGCCAAAACUUCGCCAGUUCGCAGAGCGUGAAAAUUUGAAAGUUGUAUCUAUUGCUGACUUAAUAAGAUAUAGAAGAAAAAGGGAUAAACUGGUGGAUCGCGCUUCUGCUGCACGGAUACCUACAAUGUGGGGACCAUUCACAGCUUACUGUUACAGGUCCCUUUUGGACGGAAUUGAGCAUAUUGCAAUGGUUAAGGGAGAGAUUGGAGAUGGACAAGAUGUCCUUGUGAGGGUACACUCUGAGUGUUUAACCGGAGACAUAUUUGGAUCUGCCAGAUGUGACUGUGGAAAUCAGCUUGCACUCUCAAUGCAACAGAUCGAGGCUGCUGGUAGGGGUGUGCUGGUAUAUCUCCGAGGACACGAAGGACGGGGCAUUGGAUUGGGCCACAAGCUUCGUGCUUAUAACCUACAAGAUGAUGGACGCGAUACAGUGGAAGCCAAUGAAGAGUUAGGAUUGCCUGUUGACUCCAGGGAAUACGGCAUUGGCGCUCAGAUAUUAAGGGACUUGGGUGUUAGAUCUAUGAAGCUGAUGACCAACAAUCCAGCAAAAUAUGUUGGGCUCAAAGGUUAUGGUUUGACGGUUUCGGGUAGGAUCCCAAUAUUAACACUCAUUACUUCAGAGAACAAGAGAUAUUUAGAGACCAAACGUAUGAAAAUGGGUCACGUAUAUGGCAUGGAAAUUGAAGGCCAACUCAGUACCCAUGACAAUGGUAAUGGUAGUGCCAGUUAAGUUGAUGACUCUAGUAGUGUCUUAUAGAUACAUGGAUCACACAGAUGCAUGCAAAAAGUUAUAGAAACCAAACCAUGAUUCAAUUUGUGAUUUGAUAUUAUUCAUUUCUCUGAUAUUCUUCUGGCAGGCUCUACUAAACUAAACUAUUACCUUUACCAGAGACAUUCUUCAUCUUUUGGAACUUAUAGACAUUAUUAUAGACAAAGGCUUCUAUAGAGUUUAAUCCUAUCACCUUGCAUAGUUUGUGGAGGCCAUUUGCCUUUUUAAACAUAGUUUCUUUCUUCAUUCUUUUCAUGAAAUAACUCAUUUACAGUUACCUAUUGAUGAAAGAAGGCAUGCUUUGUAGCUCUACUGUGUUGUAUAAAUAAAUUCCUUUUCUACUUUUU